AUGCUUCCCCCAGUCCCAGCUCUAGCCGACUAUGGAAUUUCUCCAAGUCAUGGCUUUCUUCCGUCCGAGAUCCCUCUGGAUAUCUUGCCAGACCCUUACUACACAAAAUGGGAAUGGACGGUGCUGAACAUGCAGUCCCUGCUCCUAAGUAGGAGAAUUCGUGAGGUGGUAGACCGCAUGCCGAUGCUGUCUACUGCUUAUCUAGCCUCGGAGAGCGAGUGGAGGCGGGCGUAUGUUGUGUUGGGCUUCAUUCUGCAUGGAUAUGUCUGGGGUGGCAACAAGCCGGCCGAGAAAAUUCCGCCCCAGCUUACAGUGCCCCUCUUCGAAGUAUGCGAACACCUUGAACUCCCUCCCGUGGCAACAUAUGCCGGGGUAUGCCUCUGGAACUACAAGCCCAUCUUCCCGGACGAGCCGCUGGACGACCUUCACAACCUGGCUUGUGUGAAUUCAUUUACUGGUUCCUUGGAUGAACAAUGGUUCUACUUGAUAUCUGUGGCUAUUGAGGCUCGCGGUGGUCCAGCCAUCCCGUUGAUGCUGCAAGCAAUCACCGCCGCCCGCGGUGGAAACACCGUGGUUGUGACCGAGUGCUUGCAAAGGCUUGCAGAGAUUAUUGACGAGGUCGGCACCCUACUGGAACGGAUGUACGAACACUGCGAUCCUUACGUGUUCUACCAUCGCAUCCGGCCCUAUCUCGCCGGGAGUAAGAACAUGGCCGAUGCUGGUCUUCCCAACGGCCUCUUGUAUGACAAUGGAACGGGAAAGAUUGAUUAUCGCCAGUACGGUGGUGGAAGCAACGCACAGAGCUCUCUCAUCCAAUUCUUCGAUAUUGUUCUUGGAAUCGAGCACCGUCCGACCGGGGAGGGUCGCCCAAAGAAGACGGAUGACGAAAAAGAGGGAAUUCCCGGCGCUCCUCGGCACGGGUUCAUUCAGGAAAUGCGGUCAUACAUGCCUGGACCGCACCGUCGGUUCCUGGAACAUGUGAACGCCGUGGCCAACAUCAGAGAGUACGUGGAAGAUCGAGAGUCUGACAAGGCGCUGUGCAUCGCAUACGAUGGAUGUCUCUCUAUGCUGCGAACCCUCCGCGACAAGCACAUCCAGAUGGUAUCACGAUAUAUCAUCAUUCCCUCGCGAGACUCGAAGCCACGAGCCCCGCGGGCGUCCAGCCCGCGACGAAACGCACCGGCUAUGAACCUGGCCAACGCACGGAACGCCAACGGCAAGCUCGAUAGCAAGAAGCUCCGAGGCACAGGAGGAACCGCGCUCAUUCCAUUCUUGAAGCAAGCUCGUGACGAAACGGGCGAGCCAGCCAUUGACGCGUGGGCGCGGCGUCUGUUGAGCGAUCGCCCGGCCGAGACCUUCGCCUCGCUUAGCAAAGUAGGCGAAAACCACGACGGCAAUUUAGAAGUGGUGGGACUGUCAGGGACAUGGACGGCCGCCGACAGUGAAGGAGGCAUAUGUCAUUGGUGA